UGUAAUUUGGUUUAUUGUUGCGAAUAUCAGCAACGAAGAUGCGCGGGAUUUCAUUGGUUUUGUUGCUUUUAGCAUGCAGUGCUUUGGGAAAGACGGUGCCGCCGGAUAAUGGCGUUUAUGACUACCACUUAAAGGUGGGAAUGCAUGAAGCAGACAGGAUAAGAAAAGCGGAAAAUGAGCAAAGAGUUGCUGGAGGUUCGACCACCACUGUCGCUGCAGUUCCAUACCAGGCCGGCCUCAUCAUCACGUUCCGGCUGAUCCAGACCUCAGUCUGCGGAGGCACCAUCAUCUCCGACACUCGGAUCCUGACUGGAGCUCACUGCAACAACGAUGGCAACAACAUCGCCAACUCCAUCACCGUCGUCGUCGGCUCCAACUUCCUCUUCGCUGGCGGCACUCGAGUGGUCUACACUGGUGUGACUAUGCAUCCUGGCUACAACCCCUGGAUCUUGGCUAAUGACGUUGCGGUUGUCUUUAUCCCCAGGAUUAGCUUUUCUUUGUUCAUUCAACCGAUCAACCUACCCACGGGUAGUGAGCUAUACAGUAAUUACGUCGGGACAACUGGUCUAGCUUCCGGAUUUGGAAUCACUAGAGAUGGUGACUCCGUCGGCUUGACCCAAAUGAUAAGUUCCGUGAACUUGAGGGUGAUACCUAACGACGAGUGCGCGAGUACGUACGGCGGCGUCAUCCAGCCCAGUCAUAUGUGCACCAGCGGCGCUGGUGGGGUCGGCACCUGUCUCGGGGACACUGGAGGACCUUUGGUCGCUACUGUCAAUAACAGGAGGGUGCUUAUCGGUAUCAGCUCCUUCACGCCGCGCGAUGGUUGCCAGCGAAACCUGCCAUCUGGAUUCUCCAGGGUCACUACAUUCGCAUCAUGGAUCCGCGAACAAUAACUCUUACCAAAUAAACAACAUUUUCAUCAUACAAGAAUUACUAACUGACUAACAAUAAUUUAAAGAUUACCUACUGUAAAAAAUACUGUGCUAAGAGCUACCUACUUGAAGAAAUACUACAAACAACAUAGUAGGUACCUGAACAAAUUGUAUUUGUCGAUGUAUUAGGAAAAUCCGAUGAAAUCCAUCAAAAUCGCGUUAAUUCUUCCAAUACAUCUGCCAACAAAACCGCAGCACCUGAAAAUAAACAAAUCGGUUUCGCCGACCUGAGAAAUGAAUCAAGUUAUCAGUUUGGAGAAGGGGAUAAUUGAGCAGGGCACAAUCGCGAUAUGAUGGAUCUUCUGCACAGACAACUUAGCCAAAAAGAUGCCUUAGGUUCUAUAUCAGUUUAGAAUAGAUUUUAUGCAUUAGCCUAGAUUUUAUAAAUCACUAAAAAAGGCUAAGAGAAGGCUUAUUUGUGAAUAAGUAUCUAAUAUGCACUCAUUACGUACGUAUUUAUUAUUAUGUAUUGACAUCAACAUAAACGAAAACGUGUAAAAAAUUCAAUCAAGCAUCAUGAGUAAAUAUAAAAAUCGAUUGUCUAAUCGUGUGGUCCAUGCAAAGUUAUUUAGAUUUCCUUUUAACUGAUCGUAUCUUUUAAUUAAAUAUUGAACUUGAGUGUGAACUUCCUAAAAUUCAAAUUCAUCUUAAUAAAAUGCAUACCCAAAUUGGC